AUGUUCAGUCGUUUCUUAAAUGCAACGAGUUUUGCAUGCGCCCCGCAAUUAAGCGAACGGUACUUUCACAAUGAUCUGUUUUCCCACCGACUUUAUAAAAUUAUUUCAAAACUCUCCAUCGUGCAAAUUCCACGUGCCAAAUUUUUCGGUAGACGAAGUGAUAAAGGUACAUUCAGCCACGGCGUCUUCGGUUCUCCUGAACCUAGGAUUUCAUCAAAAAAACUUGUUGCGCAAGACGAUCUGAAGGAUAUGCUCAAGGGGUACACUCCAGUGGUGCAGCUGCAACUUGUUGAAGCCUACAGGCGUGGUGUCCAGGCCACUACAAAUAACCAAAAGAAGAUCAGCGCAUUCCAGUCCAUCUCGACUUUAAUAAUAAGGGUGAUAACGAUUGGCUUGGGAGCUGCAUUGGUGCUUUUUUUAAUAAGAUCCCCUGAGCGUGGUCUCGGCGGAGGUUUUUCAAAAAUAUUUGAUUCAACUGUAGCGUCCUUUGCGGAUAAUGUUGAUGUACGAUUUUCUGAUGUCCAAGGUUGCGACGAGGUGAAGAAGGAGCUUGAGGAUAUUGUUGAAUUCUUGCGUAAUCCAGAAAAGUUCAGUAAACUUGGGGCAAAGCUGCCUAAGGGCGUACUUUUAGUCGGUCCCCCAGGGGUGGGGAAAACUCUUCUUGCUCGGGCUGUUGCAGGUGAAGCUCAGGUUCCAUUUCUUUAUGUGUCAGGAAGUAAUUUUGAGGAAAUGUUUGUUGGAAUGGGCGCUUCUCGCGUACGGCAGUUGUUUGCUGCGGCCAAGGAACACGCUCCGUGUCUCAUCUUCAUUGAUGAGAUCGAUUCAGUCGGUCGGUUUCGGUCGUCUUCCCCCCUCCAUCCCUACGCCAAUCAGACCAUCAACCAAUUACUCGCGGAAAUGGAUGGCUUCGAACCAUCUGAAGGGAUAAUUGUUCUUGGAGCUACGAACCAACGUGAUGACCUCGACAAGGCACUCUUGAGACCUGGUCGCUUCGAUUUCCAGGUUUAUGUAUCACCGCCCAGCUUCGAGGGUCGAAUAGCUCUUUUCCGGCUUUACCUAUCGAAAGUCAGGGCAGCGGCUGAAGUGGACGUGGAUAAACUUGCUCUGGGUACAGUAGGCUACACCGGAGCCGAUAUCCAGAACCUCGUUAAUCAGGCUGCAAUUACAGCUGGCCUAAGGGAGGAGAAAGAGGUGACCAUGGCCCAUCUCUGGGAUGCGCGCGACCGCUUGUUGAUGGGGCCCGCUAAGCGUCGACCACUGGAUGAUGAGAGCAACAGAGUCUCCGCCUACCACGAGGCUGGUCAUGCUCUCAUGACGCUCUACACCAACGACAGCAUCCCUCUGCACAAAGUGACCAUCAUCCCACGUGGCGAGUCUGGCGGACACACUAGCUUUCUUCAAGAUAAGGAUUCGAGCUUUUGGACGCGUUCUCAACUAAUUGCUCAGUUGGACGUUCUCAUGGGGGGUCGUGUUGGUGAAGAGGUGGCUUUUGGACCGGACCACGUGACAACUGGUGCUGGAGACGAUUUUAAGAAGGCAACUGCGAUUGCUGAGAAUAUGGUGAGCCGUUUUGGCUUGUCGAAGAGACUGGGCCCCCGGGUAUUUGUCAACUCCCACCAAGAUGGCAGUCAACUGAGUCAAGCGACGCGCAAUGCCAUCGACGGCGAGGUGGACGAUCUACUCAAUGCUUCCCUAGCCCGCGCCCGUGAAACACUCACCAAGCAUCGCGAGGAGCACCAAAUCCUGGCGGAGGCGUUGCUCUUUUAUGAGACGCUCAGCAGCGACCAGGUUCGAGAUGUGCUCGACGGAAGACUGAAGGUUCCCAAGGGUCCGCGACACGUCAGGCCUGGUUCAGCGCCGUCGCCAAAGGUCCCUUUGAGUUCAAACUCGCAGACUAGUGCAGUAGCUCGCAAAUCUAAUUUAGGUGAAUGUACAAAACCGCAGGUAUGA